AUGGGGUUCGGAUUAAAGAUCAGUUCAAGAUUCCGAUUAGCCACCGCAUUCACAUGGUGCCUUCUCAUCGCAUUAGACUGCAUGCCAUCCACCACAUUAGCAGCCCGGUUUGAGAUAAGAAACGAGAUUGCCAAAUACCCAGGACGAAACCGGAACCUCGCGGUUGAAUGUUGGUCAGCUAAUGACAAAUUGGCUAAGCAUGAGCUCAAACCAGGCCAAUCCAAAAGCUGGUCGUUCACGCCGGUAUUUGUCAAGAUACCAUUCCUCUACACAUACUUUGAGUGUAAGUUCUUCACCGCUUUUAGCUCGCCUUAUGGCCAGAUUGCAACGGUUUUUGCCGGGGAGAGGAAUUUCAGAUGGAAAUGCGAUAAUCCAGAGGAGGAACAGUGUAUUUGGGCGGUGAAGAGAGGACUAUAUCUAAGGAAGAUAACAAUAGACAAUAAAGGCGAAAGGCUUUAUGAGGACGAACUGAGAAUGUCUUGGAUCGGCGCUACUAACUACCACCUGCAUCAAGAAAAUCCAUAA